AUGGAAUCUGGGAAGGCCCUUAAGGAAUCAUCACUGCUACUUAAACAGAUGGCUAAGUCACCAAGGCCAAAUCCCCAUGUGGUGAAUGCUAAAAAUGCUGCUGAAUCUCUUAAAUCAGUUCUUAGAACAAACCCGUGGGAAGGAGCUGAUCAUCUGGAGAUAAUACCAGCAGCUACAGUGGCAUCACUUCUAAUUGGUUUAGUUGUUUGUGUUGAGAAUAUUUGUGAAGCUGUUGACGAACUAGCAACCGUUGCAAAUUUUGUUCCUUCUGAGAUACUCCAUCGAGGAACAUUGCAACCUAUUUCUGUUAAUGAUGGUUCGGUUCAUGUCAUCUCCGUUGCAGAAAAUGUGUGUCCGGUAUUCGCGAGCCCACUUGGGCAUACAGGAGUUGUGUUGUUGUUGCAGAAAGAAGUGAGAAGUCGCGAGAACGAAGGAGGGUGCAGCAUGGCUGAUGCAGGUGCAGGUGCAGGUGCGAAAAUUGACGUAUUCUGGGAAGAAAGAAUGGUGAAGCACGACACUGGAAUUGGUUUAUUUGACACGGGAAUGGAUCCAGGGUUCUUAGAGGUGUUGGAGAAGCACCCUGAAAACUCAGACAGAGUUCGGAAUAUGGUGUCUAUCCUCAAAAGGGGUCCCAUCUCUCCUUACAUUUCUUGGAACAGUGGUAGACCUGCUCUCAUCUCUGAGCUUCUUUCCUUUCACACUACUGAAUACGUAAAUGAACUCUUAGAAGCUGAUAAAGGAGGGGGGAAGGAGAUGUGUGCUGGGACAUUCUUGAACCCUGGAUCAUGGGAUGCUGCACUUCUUGCUGCUGGGACUACACUUUCUGCAAUGAAGCAUUUACUGGAUGGCCAUGGAAAAAUUGCUUAUGCCUUGGUUAGGCCCCCUGGUCACCAUGCUCAGCCUUCUCAGGCUGAUGGCUACUGUUUCCUUAACAAUGCAGGUCUAGCAGUACAAUUGGCUCUAGAUUCUGGGUGCAAGAAGGUUGCGGUUAUAGAUAUUGAUGUUCAUUAUGGAAAUGGCACAGCAGAGGGGUUUUAUAGAUCUAAUAAGGUUCUUACCAUCUCUCUUCAUAUGAAUCAUGGAUCUUGGGGUCCAUCUCAUCCCCAAAGUGGAUCCGUUGAUGAGCUAGGCGAAGGAGAAGGUUAUGGCUAUAACUUGAACAUACCUCUACCAAAUGGAACUGGGGACAAGGGAUAUAUAUGUGCCUUCAAUGAGUUGGUUGUUCCAUCAAUCCAAAAGUUUGGACCUGAUAUGAUAAUAUUGGUUGCUGGACAAGACUCCAGUGCAUUUGAUCCCAACGGAAGACAAUGCUUAACAAUGGAGGGCUAUAGAGAAAUUGGGCGGAUUAUUCAUAAUCUUGCGAAAAGUCAGAGUGAUGGGCGCCUUCUAAUUGUGCAGGAAGGUGGAUAUCAUAUCACAUAUUCUGCAUAUUGUUUACAUGCAACGCUUGAGGGGGUUCUCAACCUACCAAUCACUCCACUAUCAGAUCCUAUUGCUGGAUACCCAGAGGACGAGACAUUUUCAGUUAAAGUUAUAGAAGCCAUUAAGAAUUAUCAUAAAGAUAAAGUGCCCUUCUGGAGAAACUUGUGA